AGAGGGCAGCGGCGGCGGCCGCCGCCGGCGGCGGUGGUUCCCGAGGAUGAGGUGGCGGCUGCUGUGGCUCCUGUGCGCCGCCGGCUGGUGGGGCGCCGGGGGCAAGACGCUGCGGGGCGGCUUCGCCAGCGCCUCGGCCCGGCUGGAGCCCUGGCGGCCCGUGGCGCGGUUCCAGUUCUACGGUGACCAUGCUGUUCUGUGUGUCAGAAUCAAGAACGUAGCAGUAGCUGUGACAAAAGCAGCUAGACUUCACCUGUUUCAAGCACAGGAAUGGCAGAAGCUGCAGAACAGUAUCCAAGAUCACAGCUGUACAGAGAAGUUCUCUAAAGCUCAGCUGACAAUGACUGUGAACCACACAGAGCAAAAUCUGACAGUGUCCCAGAUUCCUUAUCCGGAAACAUGGUAUGUGUUUUAUGUAGACAAGUUUACCUGCGAGGAGAAUUAUUCUGAAUCCGAGGAUAUUCAGUUUGAAAUGGUCUUACUAAACCCAGAUGCAGAAGGGAAUCCAUUAGAUCACUUUAGCGCAGGGGAAUCUGGAUUACAUGAAUUCUUUUUCCUGCUUGUCCUAGCAUACUUCGUAACUGCUUGCAUAUAUGCACAGUCCUUAUGGCAAACAAUUAAGAAGCGUGGACCUAUGCAUACUGUAUUAAAGGUGUUGACAAUUGCAUUACUGUUGCAGGCUGGUUCAGCUUUUGCCAACUACCUGCAUUUCUCAAGUUAUUCUAAAGAUGGAAUAGGAGCACCUUUUAUGGGAAGUCUGGCAGAAUUGUGUGACAUAGUCUCACAGAUACAAAUGCUAUAUUUAUUGUUGAGUCUGUGUAUGGGUUGGACAAUAGGCAGAAUGAAGAAAUCUCAUGGCAGACCUCUUCAGUGGGAUUCCACUCCAACAUCUACUGGCAUUGCUGUAGUAGUUGUUGUUACACAGAGCUUUUUAUUAAUUUGGGAGCAGUUUGAAGAUACAAAUCACCACAGCUACCAUUCACACCAUGGCUUAGCAAGCGGACUGCUUAUUGGCCUCAGAGUUUGCCUAGCUUUGUCACUGGCUGCUGGUCUUUACCAGAUCAUCACAGUGGAGAGAAGCACGCUGAAAAGGGAGUUCUAUAUCACCUUUGCCAAAGCCUGCAUUCUCUGGUUUUUGUGCCACCCAUGUCUUGCAACCAUUGCUGUAAUAUUCAGAGAAUAUCAAAGAGAAAAGAUUAUUACCAUAGGUGUUAUCCUCUGUCAGUGCAUCUCCAUGGUUAUCCUCUACAGACUUUUUCUAUCUCAUAGUCUAUAUUGGGAAGUAUCUUCACUGUCAUCAGUGACAUUGCCACUAACAGUAUCCUCUGGACAUAAAAGUCGACAUCACUUCUGAGAUAUUUAGGAAGAAUACGUUAUGUAAUAAAUGUGCAAUAAUGACUUAAAUAUACAGGUAUUUUUGUCAUAGGUAUGUGAUACAUUGGUUUCACUGGAAAACGGAGUGAUAAUAUAAGAGCACUUCACAGAAGUUUGGUCUGACAAGGUCCCUAGAUUAGUCUGUUAGAAGUAUUGUGGAGUGGAAAAAUCCAUCUUUUGAAUAAUUUUAUAAAUACUGUUUAUGUCUAGUAUGUGGUGCUGAGCUGUAUCACGGAAAAGUACAAUGAAUCUUUUCUCUCCCAUUCACAGACACAAAAAAAAGUCCUUACUUUAUAUCAAUAAAUACUAGGUUUGAAGGUGUUAUAAAAUGCAGUUCUUAAAACAUCUACAAGCUCAAACAAGCCUGAAAUAGGCCAGUUGUGAAAUUGGUGUGAUGUGUAACGAUGAGUACAAGUUCUUUUAUUUUCAUGCUUUAGAGAAAAUGCAUUUUAUGUAUAAGCAUAAAAGAAGGGGAAACAAAAGAGGGAGAGUCCUCUAGAAAAUACAUGUAAAAUGUUCACAACUGACUGCAAGAAACUUUCCUAUAUUAUUGGUGUAAAAGAAAAGCCUUUUUUGCAACUAAUGUUCAUACUGGUUAAAAUUUUAAUGGGAAUGAAAAUAGGGUUUGUAUCUGCCUUUUUUUUUUUU